AUGACCAAAGCACACAUCAAGUGCACCAAAUACGUCAAUGCCAGAAAGUACCUUGAUACAGAGGCAGACGUUGACUCGGAUGACGAGGGUAUAGAGGAUGAAGAUGAGGGUGGUUCCUUCAUAAAUGACCAGGCUUCUGAGGAUAGUCACACACCAGCAUUGUCAGACCCUCUGCAAGACGAAGCAGCAUGGGACAUCCUAGAGGAGUACCUCACCUUGGACAUGAACUUGCCUCAAAUGGAAGAUUGGAUGGAGGCGACGCGUGCAUUGUUCUCGGCCAAUGAAAACAAUACCCAGGCUUUGACAAAUCUUUGCCCCAUCAAGGCUUGGCACUUUUUGCAACCAGCGAAAGUUGCAGGGCCCUUGAGGGGGUCAUUCCAUCAAUCUGCAUGUGCUUGGUUCGACAAGGUGGCAGAUCUCGAGAGCAGUGAGGUCACACACCGCACUAUCAAGUGUUUUAUUCAAGAUGAAAUGGGCUCUAGCCAUGCAUACCACCUUCUGGAGUAG